AUGCAGGUGUUUGAGAAGAUGGGAGGCAGUGAAAGUGAUGGCAUUCUUGUUAAGCCAGACCUUGUUCUCUACAAUACAUUGAUUGAUGGGCUUUGUAAGGUAGGGAGGCAAGAAGAAGGGUUUAAGUUGAUGGGAAAUAUGAGGCUGGAGAGUGGAUAUGAACCUAAUACCGUUACCUAUAAUUGCUUGAUAGAUGGUUUCUGCAAAGCAGGCGAGAUUGAGAGGUCAUACGAGCUUUUUGACCAGAUGAAAAAGGGCGGGGUAGUGCCAAAUGUGAUUACUCUGAAUACUUUGGUUGAUGGAAUGUGCAAGCAUGGGAAACCUGAUCGCUACACCUACAACACUUUGAUAUCAUAUUUCAGCCAGAAGGAGCAAUUUGCAACUGCCCAUAGAGUUAUGAAGAGGAUGAUUGAUGAUGGUUAUUUUCCUAAUGUUGUUACAUAUGGAGCACUAAUUCAUGCAUAUUGUUUAGCUGGAAAUGUUGAUGAAGCUAUAAAAAUAUUCCAGAAUAUGUGUUCUUCUACAAAUGUGCCACCAAACACUGUCAUAUACAAUACUUUGAUCGACGCUCUCUGCAAGAGUGACAAAGUAGAAACUGGUAUUUCUUUGUUGGGUGAUAUGAAGGACAAAAGGGUAAGACCAAAUACUAUCACAUACAAUGCCAUAUUUAAAGGCCUUCAGGAGAGGAAUUGGGUGGAAAAGGCAUUUGAAAUAAUGGACCAAAUGACUGAAAAUGCAUGUAAUCCUGACUACAUUACCAUGGAAGUCCUAACUCGAAACGAGGUGUGUCAUGAUUUGAGUAAAGGAACAGAUGCUACAGGUGUUAGACAUGCUGUGCAAGUUGGAAAAAAUGGAGGAAGUAGGGAUCCAGUUGUUCCUGUAGGAGAUGCUUCAAAGUGUGUGACUGCAUCAAGUCGUGAUAAUAUUCCAGUUGAUCGAUCUCUAGCUAGAGUUUCCAAUGCAGUCAGUUUGGCUAGGGAUAUAUUGAUGAUGAAGGGGACUGAUCAGGUUGUUAAAAUUGGGAAUCCUAUGGUUGAAAUCUCAGCAAAAGUUGAUGAAGAUCGAGCUGUUAUGAAUCGAGUGGAACAUGUGGCUUUUCAGACUGCCACAACUGAUCGAGUUGCUGCUACAGAUAAUAAGGGAGCUGUUAAAGAUGUUCCUAAGGCAGCUGUAGUUCAAACAAAAGCUGGGCAAUUUCUUGAAGAGAAAAGAGGUGCUGAACAGGAUAAUAGUUUGAAAGACAUACCUACUACCACAAUAUUGUCAAGAAUAUAUACAGCAUUGGGAACAGCUGCACAAAUUGAGGGUGCUACUAUUGGUAAUGAGCGGGCUGUUUCUCAGCAGGAAAUAGCUAAAAAAACUGGGGCUGAGACCAGUGGGAUUUUGGCUGAUCGUGUAGGCAAUGAGGUGCAGAAAUAA